GCGCUGCCUUUCCGCCCCGUAUCCUACCCAGCUUAUAGGCUCCCAAACAGUGAAGCCAAGUAAAGACUCUGCUUGUUGGUAGCCAGCUAGCAAGGAGCGUUUCAAAGCAUGGCCACCGUCAAUAUCCGAGUGGAGGGGAUGGUCUGCCAGAGCUGCGUUCAAAACAUCGAGCAGAAUCUCUCCAAAAAGGACGGAGUUAGCAGGGUAGCAGUGUCACUGGAGGAGAAACUGGCCCGAGUUACUUACGAUGCUGCAGUCACUAAUCCGCAGGAGCUGGCGGACGAGAUUGAGGAGUUGGGCUUCGAAACGAUGCUACCGUCCGUCGCGGCUUCGAGCGGCGCGAGCAAAACGUGCACUAUUGGGGUCGGUGGAAUGACCUGUCAUUCAUGCGUCUCCCUCAUCGAGGACGGACUCGGAGAAAUUGCAGGUGUCGAGUCUGCAGCUGUUUCCCUAGAGAAGGAGCAAGCGGUUAUUGUAUUCAACCCAUCAAUGGCUAGCAUAGAAGAUUUCAAAACUGCCAUCGACGACAUGGGUUUCAUUGUCAAAACUCCAACAGAAAAGGAGGGUGAUGUUGUGGAAGAUGAUGAUGAAGUUCCUCUGAUCCGCCAGCGACGAUCACGAAGGACUCCAAGAAGAAGUCGUCGCAGUAGGCCUAAGAGAACAGUUGGGAAGGGUUUGGAGCAAAGUUUCAGGGAAGUUACUAUGGAUACAAUCGGUGAAGAAUUUCUACUACGAGCUCAGUUUAAUCUGUCUGGUCUGAACUGCGCCUCGUGUGUUGCGAAGGUGGAGAAACAUCUCAAAAAGAAGAGCGGUGUGCACUCUGCAAGAGUGGCGCUACUUGCUGGGAAAGCGGAGGUGAAGUAUAAUCCAGAAAAAAUAUCCCCUGAGAUUAUUGCACAGGAAGUCAAUAGCCUCGGAUUCACUGCAGUGUAUUUGCCAGAGGCCAGCUCCGGAGGAGGCACUAUACUCGAGCUCAAGGUUGACAGUGAGCCAAUGCAGCUGACAAUAAACCAGGUGCUAAUGGGGAAGGAGGGGAUCAUUGGAGUGACAGUCGACAAGCACAGAAACGCUCGUGUUGAGUAUGACAACACUGCAGUAGGACCAAGAGAUAUUCUGCAAAUGGUUGAGAAAGAAGGAUUCACUGUGACUGUCCAGGCAAAGAAAAGGGGCCUAGUAAACCAUGGCAAGGGAAUCAGGAAGUGGGCAUUUAUCUUCACCGUCGGCCUGAUAGUGGGAAUCCCAGUGUUUAUCAUAAAGUACACUCCGUAUCGACACACGGUACAUGACGGCAACAGUACCCGUAUGUCUAACGAGUGGCCUCGUAUUGGAGGAAACGGCCCUAACACCCGAGUGUUUAUACUGUUUCUUCUGGCCACACUUGUUCAGUUUGUAGGUGGAUAUCCAUUUUACAAGGCGGCCCUCCAAGGUCUCCGACACUGCUCAGUUGGGAUGGACCUCCUGGUUGUUCUCGCGACCUCCAUUGCCUACGUGUACUCUGUGGCCGUUCUCAUAUCUGACUCUGUCGUCAGCGGGCUGAAUUAUGAGACCUUCUUUGACAGCGUGGCCCUGCUGAUUACAUUUAUCUCCUUUGGUAGACUCCUGGAGCACAUUGCAAAGGGAAAAACAACUGAUGCUUUAUCGAAACUGAUGUCCUUGCAACCAAGCACUGCUGUUUUAGUACACAUGGAUGAAAACCAGCAGGAAAGAAGGUAAGAUGUAUAUUGCUAACAUGUGCUAUGCCUGAGUUUCUUAUCAAUACAAUAGUGAAGAGAAGAUAUCUGUAGAUUUGGUGCAAGUUGGAGACUUUCUAAAGGUUGUUCCCGGGGAGAAGAUACCUGUGGAUGGGGUCGUUGUAAAGGGGAGAUCUGUUGUUGACGAGGCACUAAUUACUGGGGAGUCAAUCCCUGUCACUAAGGAAGUUGACGAUCACGUGAUUGGAGGGACCCUCAAUAAGAACGGGUCACUCAUCGUGGAAGCUACUCACGUCAGUGGAGAUACAAUGUUGUCCCAGAUUGUCACCCUCAUUGAAGAGGCCCAAACAUCAAAGGCCCCAAUCCAGCAGAUAGCAGACAAAGUUGCUGGAUAUUUCGUGCCAAUGAUCCUAACCCUGUCUUUUCUGACCUUCUCUGGCUGGCUGAUUUUCUCCCAAGUCUGCCUACAUUCCAGAAACAGUUGUGAAAGCUCAGGAGGCAGUUCAAACUUCUCAAACAUAACUAUAAAUGGCACAUCACCUUCAUCAAAUAGAGAUAGCUGCUCUAGUGGUGACUGUGUGAAUAUUGACACUGUGUUUCAAUACGCCAUCUCGGUCCUGGUGAUUGCGUGUCCGUGUGCUCUGGGUCUGGCCACGCCCACUGCUGUGAUGGUGGGCACUGGAAUAGGUGCCAGCAGAGGAGUCCUCAUCAAGGGAGGAGAACCACUGGAGAAUAGCCACAGAGUAAAGGUGGUGGUGUUUGACAAGACGGGAACUCUGACCUACGGUGAACCGGAAGUGGUUCGUGUUAUUUUUCUAGUGAAGGAAGACCUGUUUCCCGCUCGUUUGUUUACUGCUGCUCUCGGGCUGGCCGAGAGUCGCAGUGAGCACCCUCUGGGAGAAGCCAUUGUACACUUUGCUGCUGAGGAGCUGGGAAAAGAGCCUGUUGGUGAUAUUGUUGACUUUGAAGCAGAGCCUGGCAUGGGAAUGGCCUGUACUGUGCGAGGAAUUGAGGCUUACAACAUCAAAAGGAGAUCUCGGAAUAACAGAUCAUCCCUCAUUCGCAGUGCAAAGUUUGUAUCGUCAAGCCGAAGAGCACAGCGUAGCUUGACUUCAGCACAAAAAUAUAAGGUUUUGGUUGGAAAUCGUUUGUGGAUGUCUCGCAAUGGAAUAAGUAUUGCUGAAGAGGUUGAGAGGGAUAUUGUCUACUACGAGGAACAAGGACAAACUGUUGUUCUGGCUGCAAUGAAUGGCAUUCUGUGUGGAGUGAUAGUGAUAGCAGACCAACUGAAGCCUGAAGCCAGUGGAACCGUUGCAGCUCUGCGUCAGAUGGGCAUCCGAGUCUGCAUGUUGACCGGCGACAAUCGGAGAACAGCCAAUGCCAUUGCAGAACGAGUUGGAAUCUAUCCCGAAGAUGUGAAUGCUGAAGUCCUUCCAUCUCACAAGAAGAGCCAGGUGGAGAAAUAUCAAGAGGGAAAGACGAAGGUGGCCAUGGUAGGCGAUGGAAUAAACGACUCUCCAGCUCUGGCCCAGGCUGAUGUUGGCAUUGCUAUCGGGACUGGUGCUGAUGUAGCAGUUGAGGCUGCUGAUGUCGUUCUUGUUAAGAAUAACCUCGCUGAUGUUGUAACUGCCAUCAAGCUCUCCCAGAGAACUGUCCGAAAGAUUCGCAUGAACUUCGUGUGGGCUGUGCUCUAUAAUACCGUCGGCAUUCCAAUUGCUGCUGGGGUGUUUUCUCCACUGGGAGUGUCUAUCCAGCCGUGGAUGGCUGCAGCUGCCAUGGCCCUCAGCUCUGUCACCGUCGUCUGCAACUCUCUUCUCCUCCGAUGUGUCUGCUACCGCAAGCAACAUAUUGAGAACCUGGACACGGGCAUGAACGUUGCAUCGACACAUACAAGGAUCGAGUACCGAGGCUACCAAAACCUCGAUUCUGGAGAUGGCGAAGUUGUGUUGAAACGAGUAUCUACGCGCAGAGGGAGGGAAAGCAAACGGCGGGUCACCAAGUCUGGGGGUUGGAGGGAGGAGGAUGUGCCCCUUGUCAAAUCGAUAGAGGAAGAGAGCAUGGAGAAUGCUUAUGGAGCAGUUACCAAAGACAUUAUUGUGUGAUACAUGAUUGUUUGAUGCAUUACUAAAAAGGACGUAUGUAACUCUUAGAUACAAAAGUGUUUUGUUUUUUUAGUUUUCUGCCAAGAUUUGGUACCUAAAUGUGAAAAGUGAUGCUUAAAAUGUAGAUGUAUUAUGAACACUUUAAGGAGUAUGACAUGGCCCCCCAAAAUUGUGGUCAAAUGUUACUUCAUUAUUUUA